ACUGGAAUUGUGAAAUGAGCGACUACGAAGACGAACGAGAAGACGUCGACCUUAUGGACAGACGAGCUUACCACAACGCGUUAGAAAGAAAGCGAAGAGGUCAGAUGAAGGAAAGCUUCAACAACCUACGAGACACGAUCCCACAACUCGCAGGAGAAAAAGCUUCAAGAUGUCAAGUGUUGAACAGUGCAACGUCCUACAUCGAAACACUUCGCGCAACGACGCAAGAGCACAGGAGAGAUAUUGACGCAAUAAAGAAAGAAAAUUUUGCUCUUGAACAGCAAAUUAAAAUGCUACAGAUGGCAAACGCCGAACGAGCCAUUGCUAAACCACAACGAGCAGCACACUAUCAUGCCAAACCUGCAGCAGCUGCAAUACAGCCAGUGGUGAUACGGAUAGGUUGGAAUGGCGAGCCAACCACUAAGCUGCCAAGAUCGACAUCGGAAAAUUGAAAGAGAAAACCAAAUGGCUGGAAUGGAAGGAUUUGUCUUCUGAGUUUGAUAUGCUGUUGUUGGGAUCAAGAGGAUUCGUCCGUUCUAGUGGUGUGGGAUACGUUCUGGCCAAGAUGGCCUUACUGCAUCAGGAUCAGGAAAGCAAGGAUGUGGGUUUGAGUAGCAAGACAUUUUAAGUGCAUGACGUCUUAGCUACGGUUGCUAGACUUUUAGGUCUGUUGCAUAGUGAAAUGUAGUUGUCAAUCAGUAUUGGUGGCUAUGA